UUUUUCUCAUGCGUUCUUGCUCUCAUCAAUCACACAACGCCAUAGCUCUUCUUCUUGUUGCUGUUUUCUUCUUCGCUCUCCUUUUUGCUCUCGUUCGAGGGUUCUUUCGUGUCGAACGUUGUGGGGUUCUUCACCCGGCUUUUAUUCACCCGUACCCAUGUCUAAAGUUCUCGGCUUUUCCGGAGGUGAUGACUUUUGCUCUGGGGGAUCAAUCUACGCCAACCCAAAGGAAGCGAGUUUCUUCCUUCCCCUUGGCCCUCAAGUUGAUGUAUACUUUCCUCCCAGGAAGAGAUCACGCGUCAACGCUCCAUUCGUUUUCGAUGGAGAAUGGUUUGAGCAAAAGCAGAAAACCUCUAUUGAAGCCUUACCAGAUGAGUGUCUCUUUGAGAUCUUCAGAAGGUUGCCCGCUGGCGAGGACAGGAGUGCAUGUGCUUGCGUUUCCAAGCGCUGGCUUAUGCUUCUGAGCAGUAUUUGCAAAGAUGAAAUCUGUGCCAUGAAAAACACCAGCGCAGAAAACAUUGAAAAGGAUGGUUAUGAUGUAGAAUUUGGAGGUGAGGGAUACCUCUCUCGGAGCUUGGAAGGAAAGAAGGCCACGGAUGUUAGACUGGCUGCCAUAGCUGUUGGAACUGCAUCUCGCGGAGGGUUGGGGAAGCUUUCCAUCCGAGGAAGCAACAUGUGUCGUGGGGUUACUAGUCUUGGUCUCAGGGCAGUUGCUCAUGGAUGCCCUUCUUUGAAGUCUUUUUCUCUAUGGAAUGUUUCUACUGUUGGUGACGAGGGCCUAAUCGAGAUCGCUAACGGUUGUCACCAGCUAGAAAAGCUCGACCUUUGCAAGUGCCCUGCUGUUACUGAUAAGGCUUUGGCUGCAAUUGCAAAGAACUGCCAGAAUCUGACCGAGCUUUCGUUGGAAUCGUGCCCUAAUGUUGGUAAUGAAGGUCUGCGAGCUAUUGGGAAGUUCUGCCCCAACCUAAGAUCCGUAACCAUCAAGGACUGCACAGGUGUUAGCGAUCAGGGAAUUGCUGGAUUGUUUUCAACUUCUUUGGUUCUGACGAAGGUGAAGCUCCAAGCACUGUCUGUGUCAGAUCUCUCUCUAGCCGUUAUUGGACAUUAUGGGAAGUCUGUUACUGAUCUUGUCCUUAAUUGCCUCCCAAAUGUCAGCGAGAAGGGGUUCUGGGUAAUGGGAAAUGGUAGUGGGUUGAAGAAGCUGAAGUCACUCACAGUUGCAUCAUGCAGGGGAGUAACCGAUAUUGGACUUGAAGCUGUAGGAAAGGGUUGCCCAAAUCUGAAAAUUGCACACCUUCACAAGUGUGCCUUUUUGUCAGACAAUGGGUUGAUAUCGUUUGCCAAGGCUGCUUCAUCACUCGAGAGCCUUCGAUUGGAAGAGUGCCACAGAAUCACCCAAUUUGGGUUUUUUGGUGUCCUUUUUAACUGUGGUGCAAAAUUGAAGUCCAUCUCUUUGGUGAGGUGCUACGGAAUCAAAGACCUGAAUUUGGUGUUGCCGACCAUUUCUCCUUGUGAAUCCCUUAGAUCAUUGACCAUCUGCAACUGCCCUGGAUUUGGCAACGCCUCACUCUCUGUACUGAGAAAGCUGUGCCCUAAGCUUCAGCAUGUUGAACUAAGUGGACUCGAUGGAGUGACUGAUGCCGGGGUUCUUCCACUGCUAGAGAGUUCUGAGGCUGGUUUGGUUAAAGUGAACCUCAGUGGCUGCACAAAUGUCACAGACAAAGUAGUUUCAUCCUUGGCCAACCUUCACGGUUGGACUCUUGAGAACCUAAACCUUGAUGGUUGUAGAAACAUCAGUGAUGCUAGCUUGAUGGCAAUUGCUGAAAACUGUGCAUUGCUAUGCGAUCUUGAUGUCUCCAAGUGCUCAAUCACAGAUGCUGGGAUAGCAGCCCUGGCACAUGCCCAACAGAUUAAUCUGCAAAUUCUCUCUUUGUCAGGUUGCGCUUUGGUCUCAGACAGGAGCUUGCCCGCCUUGAGAAAAUUGGGCCGGACCCUUUUGGGACUGAACAUCCAGCACUGCAAUGCAAUUAACAGUGGCACCGUUGACAUGCUUGUAGAGCUUCUCUGGAGGUGUGACAUCCUCUCGUAAAGAUGGAAGAAUUAACCUCACACAGCAAUUUAGGCCAGGAUCACAUCAUACAGGAAGCUUGUUAUGCUUAGUGUUGCACAGUAGUCUUUUCUAGGUUCCAUUAACAGGUCUUCAUCAUCAUCAUCAUAUCCAUCAUCCAGCUACUCGGUUCCCUUUUUCCGGAGUGUGCAGUCAUUUAACCCCCAUUUUUGCAGGUUCCUUCAACGGCACCUGUUCUUUUUUGGCAUCCAUUGCCACCUUUUAAAUGGCUGCAUGUCUCUGAGAACAUAGCUACCGGGUUCUGGAGUUAGCAAUCUUUGUUACUGGUGUUGGCACCUGAUGUUUCAACCUCAGCUUUGCAUCGGUUUUGCCACCAUGUGUGUCCUAGUUUUUUUUCUAAGUUUUUACGGUCACUUGUAUCACUCUCCCAGUCCUUGUUUACCAAAUGUUUCUGUGUUUGAACUAUGUUCUUCACACGAUGUUUGGGUAUCAUCAGUUUCAUUCGAAGAGCAGGUUAGAAGCUCCCAGACUAUAUAGUUGCAGUUGUCAAGUUUGUUGUUAUGAAGUCUUUUCUUAAGGGCUUGGCUGUGGCAGCAAGUAAUACAGGUCUGCCAUAACCACAACCUUUUUUCCCUCUGGGAAGGGUUGUUUUUUACCAAGUCCUAGUUUUUUAAGGCUUUAUUUUUUUUGAACCUGGCACUGCAGCUACUACUUUAGUCAAUGGUGUUCGUGUCUGCCCUUUUUGCUGUAUCUUAUGAAAUGUAAUAAAAUAAAAAUCAGUCUCAUUUUGAGGCAAAAAAAAAUCAUGUGUU